AAGCAAAUUAAGUUCCCAGCCAGCCAGCCAUUCUUGUCCACAUCUUAUCCUGUUUUUUUUUAUCGACUACGUACAUUCCUUCACAGGUGUCAAGACGUCCAUCUCACAGACUCGCCUAGCUAGGUAGUUAGCGAUCCAGAAGAUGAUCUCACACACAUCCGCGUUUAAGUGUCAGCAUAUCCGCUCAAGAAAAUAAUAAUCCAAUUAACAUGGCGUACUCGCAAAUAGGGUCUCAGUUCUUGAAAAUCCUUGUUUCAGAGUCUCCCUGUAAAUAUGGAUCCCUUGUGCAUCCUUCUGGAAAAAUUGAUGGAACAUUACUCAGAGAGAAGAAGAAGUGUUUCCACACGGUGCAGUGCUAUGGUCCUUCGACAUCGGCGUUAUUGACGGGGGGAGAAAGUGGAUAUGGGGGGAAGCAGCAGGUGGCAGAUGAGGUUGGGUACUACUUUGUGAGGGAAUAUGGGUGGAGGGUGAGGAGGUUGGAGGAGAAGAUGCAUGAGAUGAGGAGGGCAGCUCAAGUUCAAGCUGAGGCGUUUCACGUCCCACUCCCCCUCUUCAAUCACUUGUUCUUCCACUUUUUUCAGGCUGAAGUGCUCUCUGGGCUGCUCUACAAACUUAGGAACUCACCUCCAAAUAGGUAUGCAUGUUUGGUAGCUGUGUCUUCCAUUGAUGAAUGCUGUGAUGAGUCACGACAGAACAUAGUGGGUGUGGUGGACGCUACCAUUUUGAGGGACGAAGCUGUUCUUCAUCACGUCCAAGGAGCUGACGAAUAUGUUUAUCUGUCUGGUAUUGCUGUUCGGAAUAAUUACAGGCGGCAGAAAGUAGGAACUGUGCUGCUGAAGGCUUGCGAAGCGCUGUCCUUUGUAUGGGGAUUUGAGUUUCUGGCGCUAAGAGCAUACGAAGACGAUUGGGGUGCUCGCACCCUAUAUGCUAACGCUGGUUAUAAAGUUGUGUCCAGAGAUCCUGUCUGGGUGACUACUUGGAUUGGCAGAAGACGUCGCGUUCUUAUGGUCAAGCGGGCUAAUCUCCAUCCUAAUUCAGAUCAUGAAUAAUAUUCAACUAGCCUCACACAAUGCAUGUGUGUGUGUGUAUGCGUAACGUAUUUGGUCCCCCAUUGAUUAGUUUGGAGGCUUAAAUGCUGAGCCAAACUAAGAAAAUUAUCUCAAAAAUCGAUCAUCUUGGAAGUGCAA